GUUUGCGUUACGAAUCCUCUUUUUUCACAUCUCUCUCUCUCAACGCAAUCACCCACCCUACACGUGUCUCUUCUUCUUCCUUCCCCCCAGUCUCGCUGUGAAAUUGUUUGUUUCUCCGGGCGAAAUCAAAAAUCCUUUUAGCUUUCUCUUCGGGUGGGUAAUUCGUUUCUUUUCCAAUCGCGUCUCCGUUUGUGUUUUUUUUUUUUUUUGCAUGAACGAACGUUUAGAAGAAGAAUCUCAGGUUUAGCUUCGUAGCUUUGCAUUUUCUUGUUUAAUCUUUCUCUGUAUCUAUCGUCCUUGUCUCGUAUUGUUUGUGUCUUUCGCUGCUGCAAAUCACAAAUAUCCUUAUUAUUCCUUGGAAGCCCUUCAGUAAUACAGGGAAUUGUGGGAAUGGAGGGUCCUGAAAGAUGAGAUAUUUUUAAUAAUACCCCAGUCAGAUAUUUGUUGAGGUCUUCAUAAAUUUUGCUUUCUGAAGAUACAAAAUUUGAAAGAAGUAAAAAGAAAGUGGUUCAGGAAGAUGACUCUUUUAGAUUCUGUUACAUCUAAACUGUUGUCAGUGUCAACCUCUGAUCACGCCUCCGUUGUUUCACUUAAUCUCUUUGUCGCUCUUCUAUGUGCCUGUAUCGUGAUUGGGCAUCUUUUGGAGGAGAAUCGAUGGAUGAACGAAUCCAUUACUGCUUUAUUGAUUGGGCUUUGUACUGGUGUCGUCAUUUUGUUGAUUAGUAGAGGGAAGAACUCACAUUUGUUGGUCUUCAGUGAAGAUCUUUUCUUUAUAUAUCUUUUGCCACCCAUUAUAUUCAAUGCAGGGUUUCAAGUAAAAAAGAAGCAAUUUUUCCGGAAUUUUGUAACUAUUAUGGCCUUUGGCGCCAUUGGGACUGUAGUUUCCUGCACCAUAAUAUCUCUAGGUGCAAUUCAGUUCUUUAAGAAGUUAGACAUUGGGACCUUUGACUUGGGUGAUUUUCUCGCAAUUGGUGCCAUUUUUGCUGCAACCGACUCUGUAUGCACACUGCAGGUUCUCAAUCAAGAUGAGACACCUCUGCUUUACAGUCUUGUAUUUGGAGAGGGCGUUGUGAACGAUGCCACAUCUGUUGUGCUCUUCAAUGCAAUUCAGAGCUUUGACCUCACCCACCUUAACCAUGAAGCGGCUUUUAAAUUUCUUGGGAACUUCUUCUAUCUGUUUAUCUUGAGCACCUUGCUUGGUGUUGCAACUGGUCUGAUAAGUGCUUAUGUCAUCAAGAAGCUAUAUUUUGGAAGGCACUCGACUGAUCGAGAAGUUGCCCUCAUGAUGCUUAUGGCAUAUCUUUCAUACAUGCUUGCUGAGCUAUUUACCUUGAGUGGUAUUCUCACUGUAUUUUUCUGUGGGAUUGUGAUGUCCCAUUACACCUGGCACAAUGUAACCGAGAGCUCAAGAAUAACGACCAAGCAUGCCUUUGCUACUUUGUCGUUUCUUGCUGAGACUUUUAUUUUCCUUUACGUUGGAAUGGAUGCAUUGGACAUAGAGAAAUGGAGAUUCGUGAGUGAUAGCCCGGGGACAUCAGUUGCAGUGAGCUCAAUUCUAAUGGGUCUGGUCAUGCUUGGAAGAGCAGCUUUUGUUUUUCCUCUUUCCUUCUUAUCAAACUUGUCCAAGAAGACUGAGGGUGAGAAAAUUGACAUCAAGCAGCAAGUUGUGAUCUGGUGGGCUGGUCUAAUGAGAGGUGCUGUAUCUAUGGCUCUUGCUUACAAUAAGUUUACAAGAUCAGGGCACACGGAAUUGCGGGGUAAUGCAAUCAUGAUUACCAGUACUAUAACUGUUUGUCUUUUUAGCACCAUGGUGUUUGGUAUGCUGACCAAACCGCUGAUUAGAUACCUAAUGCCACAUCAAAAAGCGACCACCAGUAUGUUAUCCGACGAUAACACUCCAAAGUCAAUCCAAAUCCCACUCCUCGAUGGCGAACAGCAAGAUUCAUUUGAGUUACCUGAGAGCCACCAUGACGUGCCACGACCAGACAGUCUUCGCGGGUUCCUCAUGCGCCCCACACGCACUGUCCAUCACUACUGGAGACAGUUUGAUGAUGCCUUCAUGCGUCCAGUGUUUGGUGGUCGCGGUUUUGUUCCCUUUGUCCCUGGUUCUCCGACUGAGAGAAGCACCCAUGAUCUCAGCAGACCUUGAAAGGAAAACUUACAGAAACUUAUUAGAAAAACCCAAUAACUUUUUCGUCUUCCUCCUUAUGUUCCCUGAUUCUGGUUGAUGUAAAGGAUUUUUUGGUUCUUCAAAUUCCUUUAUAUUUUCUUAUGUAAAGUUAUUAAUUGAAGAAGCUUCUUACAUUUUGAGAGACGUGUGGGGCUCCUGUAGAAUACUACUAUUAGUCUUUGUUUUGUUUAACAAAAAAACUUCACUUUCUGUGUUAA